AUGUGAUUGUGAUUUUAACGCUAUUAUAUAAUAUAAAUAAUUGUUACCAUAAGACAUCAUUCUAUGUAAAAUAGUCUAUACUAUCUAAUCCGAAAAGAGUGAAGUAAUGAAAGCUUUCAUGGAGUCGGAGGGCGUCUGGAAGGAACUGAUCCCAUCGGGUCUGCGGUCGCCGUCGACAUUGACGUCCGAUGUGGCGGUCGAGUCGGAGACCACACCGAACUCGACGGUCACUACCGAGCACUCGAAGAACUACUUGUAUCGCAUGCGAGCGCAACAGCUCCAGAAGAAUCUGACGUAUUCGGGGACCACUCGACUGGACACCAAUGACGGCCAGACGACACCACUCUAUCGCACCAUCAAUAGCAUGAAGCAGACGAAGAUAUUUCCCGGACGUAUCAAGAAGAGGGUUGUCCUCAAGAACGGAAACGUCAACCUCUGCAAAGAGCACAUCGAUAGGCGCAGCAAAAGGUAUCUUCAGGACCUGUUCACAACGAUGGUCGACAUCCAGUGGCGAUGGAAUCUACUGGUGUUCGCCAUGGGCUUCAUAUUGAGUUGGUUGGGCUUCUCGGUGUUGUGGUGGUUGAUAUGCUUCUCGCACUCGGACUUUGAUAACCUGGACAACGAGUCGUGGAAGCCGUGCGUUAUGAAUGUCAAGUCAUUCACCAGUGCUUUCCUAUUCUCCAUUGAGACUCAGCAUACGAUUGGAUAUGGAUCUCGAUAUACAACCGAAGAGUGUCCGGAAGCGAUAUUUGUGAUGUGUCUGCAAUCGGUGGUGGGAGUGAUGAUCCAGUGUUUUAUGGUUGGCUUCGUAUUCGCCAAACUCUCGCGACCGCAGAAGAGGUCUCAGACACUCAUGUUUAGCCGCAAUGCCAUCGUAUGCCUCCGAGACGCCAAACUUUGCCUUAUGUUCAGAAUCUGCGAUGUCCGCAAUCGUUCCCAUAUUAUCGGCGCGUCUGUGAGCGCGCAAAUCAUCAGCAGAAAAGUGACUCAAGAGGGGGAAGUCAUAUCAUACUAUCACACCCACAUUGAGGCCAACUUCGACAGCAGUAACGCAAAUGAUGUGUUCCUCAUAUGGCCGGCCACUAUCGUCCACAUUAUCGACGAAAAGAGUCCCUUCUUUAAUCUGAGCUCAGAAGAGAUGAUGAGAGAAAAGUUUGAGAUAAUAGUGAUUUUGGAGGGAACUAUAGAAUCGACCGGACAGUCAAUUCAGGCGCGCUCAUCGUAUUUGCCGUCAGAGAUAUUAUGGGGCCAUAGGUUUGAACAGUUGGUGUCCUAUCGGCGCGAAUCGGGUGAAUAUCGUGUAGAUUACGGCCGAUUCAACAACACGUACGAAGUGGACACUCCUCUGUGUAGUGCUAAAGACUACUACGAAUACCAGAGAUUCGUGUCUAACCACCAAAACCACGUCAAUCGUGGCCUCAGUUUCAUUGAUUUCGUCGCCAAAAAGAGCAACAGUUGUGAGGAGACGAGACAGCCGUCAAACGAGUGCACCGUUUGUAGUCUCAACGCCAAUACCAUUCUCGGCUCAAACCUCUCCAAUAAACACAUCCCAGAGAAUACCGUUUAAUAUAAAUGUUUUCGUAUUUUAUUUAAUUUUAGAUAUAAUUUUUUAUUUAAAUACUACAAUAUUUUUACAAUUUUAU